UUAAUGACAGUUGUAUUUCGUUUUCCAUUUCAUAUUGACAUAUUUUAUAAUUUUCUUGUGAAGCAAUAAUGGACGGGAACAAAGAUGAGGCAGAAAAAUGUAUUUCCAUUGCGGAGAAAUACAUAAGCGAACGAAACCGAGAGAAGGCGGAAAAAUUUUUACAUAAGGCAGAAAAAUUGUAUCCUACACAAAGGGCAAAAGAUCUAUUGGAACAAAUAAAGUUGAUUGCCCCUGCCCCACCAGAGACCGAACAACCUAGAAAGAGACAUGUUGCAAACAAAGUUGACGAGCCACCAAAAACACCAGAGUAUACUCCACAACAAGAAAGUGAAGUAAAAAGAGUUAAAUCAUGUAAAGAUUAUUAUGAAAUACUUGGUGUUAGCAAAGAUGCUACUGACUCUGACAUUAAGAAAGCUUACAAGAAAUUGGCCUUAAAUUUGCACCCUGAUAAGAAUAAAUAUCCAGGUGCUGCCGAAGCCUUUAAGUCUGUUGGAAAUGCUGUGUCUGUAUUGACUGAUCCGGUCAAGAGGAAACAGUAUGAUAUGUUUGGAGAAGAAGAUCGAUUGUCAGCUUCAAGAGCUCAGCAUCAACAAAGAUAUACUUUUGACACUGAAUCCCCUGAAGAAAUUUUCAAUAUGUUCUUCGGUGGUGGUUUUACAGAUUCCAAUGUUUAUGUCAGAAGAGGAGGACGUUGGCAACGUCAGACAGCUUCUAGCCAACAAGAAAACAAUCAUGCACAUAAUAGAGAUAAUCAUCAAUUCAGUGGGUUUAUACAGAUGUUACCAAUUUUACUGGCUAUUGUAUUGUCAAUGGCAUCAAGCUUCUUUAUAUCUGAUCCAGCAUAUAGCCUACAAGUUAGUGCAAAGUACCCUGUUGCUCGAGUUACACAAAAUUUGCAUGUUCCAUAUUUUGUAAAGGAUAAUUUCCAUUCUGAGUACCAAGGAUCUGUGAAGAGAUUGGAAAUGUCUGUUGAGGAAGAAUACAUCACCAAUCUUCGACACGCCUGUUAUAGGGAGAAAAAUUACAAGGAUUCAAUGAUUUGGAAAGCGAAAAACUUUGGCGACCGAGAGUUAUUCCAUAAUGCGCAAAACAUAAAAAUGCCCUCAUGUGAUCAACUUAAUGCCCUGAGAAGUCAUGGAUAAACAUGGAAGUGUAUAACUAGUUUAAAUUGUUUAAAUUAUCUAGAAGUUAUUUAUUUUAUCAAUGAUAGGUGAAGUAGAUGAUUUUCGUCAGUAUUUGAAAGGAUUGUUUUUAUUGAAACAGCAAUGGAAUUUUUAAAUUAAAGUUUUAUAUAACGAUAACAGUUAUAAAUGUUGUUAAAUAUUACAAUAAAAUAGUUUUAGGUUUUUCUAUAAGCAAUUAAAAGAUUUUGAAAAUAUUUGAGCUGUAAUAUGCAUAUUAUAAAUUUUUCACAAAUUUGUAUUGCAUCUCGUGUAAUUAUGUAAUUAGGCGUAAAUGCGUGAGUUUGUAUAAAAGCGUUAUUUGCGUUAUAAUUAAAUUAGGUGUUGGGCACAUACUGUGUUUUGCAUUCCUGUAUGUUUUGAGAUGUCAGUUUCUAGUCAUAUUAUUGUGCAUUUAGUGAUGUUCACGAUUUUAAAUUAAUUUAUGAUUGCUAUUGAUUUUAAUCCUAUAUUUGUAAGAAGAAUUAUUGAAAUUUAAAUAAUCAAAUUGCAUGUGUUUCAUAAAAAUCCUCAUUAUUAAUCACUCAAUCAAUUCUCUCCAUUGUUUAGGCAGCUUUGGAACUAUUUAUAGACUUUGUUACGCUAUUUGUCUUACAUAAGAAUAUUAACAGGCAAUUGCCUUUCCUAAAUAAAAAAUGAAACUCAAUAAUGCAUAAAAUUUUGAGAUAGCAUACAUUUUAACAGUAAAUACCUAUAGUACAUUGUAAAUUAAAUAUUCAGGGAGUUGUUGAUAUAUUUAUAAAUAAAAUGCCUUAAUUUCA